GUUCCCUGGCAGAGUUGACAAGAUGCCGACUCCUACACAAGUUGGCAGCGGCACUGAAGGCCGGUUAGCGGGGACGGCAGGAGACAUGCCCAGGCUGAACUACCAGAGUAAAGUGGUCGCACCCAGGAACCCGCGACUCGUGCGAGGAGAACUCCCGCCGCCAAAGAUGACACCCUCUAAGUUCCUCCAUGAGAUGGGUCUGGAUACAGCAGGAAAACUGGCCAACACACAUGAGAUGCACCUACCACAGAUAGUGGAACUCCUGGACAUGGCCGAAACAACCCAUCAAAAGUUUUCCCAAGUCAACAUAGAUGAAGCCAUGUUCCAGCCUUUUCCGUCGGAGAUCCGGUUCCAGAACUAUGAGUCCCACCAGACAUAUGAAGUCCCACUGCAGCUGAGGAACAAUGAUGGGGUGCCCCGGCUAGUAAAAGUGUACCAGACAGACUCCCCAUACUUCAAAAUCAUCAGUCCCAACAAUGUUGGGGACAAGGUCGCACCUGGCAUGGCAAGCACCUUCCGCAUCCUCUUCACUCCCCUGGAGAAAAAGGACUAUGUUCACGAACUGCUGUGUAUAACAGAGAGGGAGAAGUUUGUAGUUCCCGUCCACUGUAUUGGAGCACGAGCCAUCCUGGACUUCCCAGACUAUGUGAACUUCUCCGCCUGGCCAGUGAAACAUACAGCCACACAGACUCUCCUGGUCCGAAACAUUGGCAACAAAGAUGCAACCUUUUCUCUAGCCGCACAAAGACCCUUCAGUGUGAGCCCGUCCUGUGGUGUGCUGCCAGUGGGAGAGAGCAUGCAGGUAACGGUGGAGUUCACAGCUCCAACCACAGGGGACCAUGUCGCAGACCUGGUGCUCACGUAUGACACAGGUGAGCAAGUCUUUGUUGAGCUGCAUGGGGUUGCAGUGAAUGCAAACGUGCGGCUGGACAAAAGUUCCCUCCGCAUCGAGAACACGUACAUCUCCAUGGCCAACCAGCGCACGAUCAACAUCGUGAACCGCAGCGAUGUCAUCGUCCACUACCACUGGAAGCUGUUUGCCACCGUGGAGGAGGAGAGUCAGCAGAGGACCCACUACACCUCUGAACUCUCGCAUGAGGAGUCUGUGGAGAGAGAGCGCUUCCUGGAAGAGUGCAUCACAGACCCUACUCUGAGAGACAAGAUGUCCCUGUUGACAAGAACCUAUGAGAACAGGCGGAGGAUUGUCUCAGGAGACAGCAUGCUGUUCGCCGAUGACGUCUUCCAGAUCGAGCCUCUGGAGGGGGAGAUCUGGCCCAACCAGUCGGCGGAGGUUUCCGUGAUCUUUAAGCCGCAGGAGGCUAAGACGUACCAGCAGGUGGCGUACCUGGACAUCACGGGAAGGGAGGCCCGACUCCCGCUCAGGUUACGCGGAGACGGAGUUGGCCCAAACGUGCAGUUUUCCUUUGAGCAGCUGGACAUGGGAAACAUCUUUGUAGGGUCUAUUCACACCUAUGAGGUUGUACUUGCCAACAAGGGUGACAUUGAUGCCAUUUUCAGCAUCCUUCCCAACAACACGCAUUUUGGCCUGUGCUUCACCUUCAACCCAACAGAGGGCAUCGUUCUACCUGAUGGACACCAGGCCAUACAGAUUACCUUCAGGUCUGCUACACUUGGUGACUUCCAGGAAGACUUCUACAUAGCUAUUGAUGGCUCCCCACAGAGGCUAAAGCUGUCCUUCAGGGGCUGUGUGAUUGGGCCUACAUUCCAUUUUGAUGUUCCACGACUCAACUUUGGAGUUGUUUCUUACGGUUUCCAGCACACCCAGACCUGUACUAUAGUCAACACGGCGCUGGUGCCCAUGACCUUCAGUCUGCACGUGCCGGGAGACGGUACCGGCGAGCGCAGCAUAUGUAGCCUGUUGGACCUGGAGGACGGUACUCACGCCAGCGAUCACCAACCCAACCAGAGCGUAUCCUCGGCACUACAGGAGUUCAUCAUUGUUCCCUCCAGUGGCACCAUCCCUGCACAGAGCCAAGUCAAGGUCCAGGUGACUCUGGUGUCCAACACAGUGAAGAAGUAUGACUCCAUGCUGGUGGUGGAUGUACAGGGUGUAGGCCAGGGCAUCCUCAUGCUUCCUAUAGUGGCCAAGUGCAUAGUGCCAACCCUAGCUGUGGUGACACCUGUGCUGGACUUUGGACGCUGUUUCCUGGGCUUCCCUUACGAACACAGCAUCAAGAUCCUGAAUGACACCGAACUACCUGCCAAAUAUGACAUCAUACCCCAGGCGGUGGAUGAUGCUAGCACCCUGACAUACCAGAGCUCCCAGUGGCGGGGGAUCCUGCAGCCCCACACGGUGACAGAGAUCCCCCUCACCUGCACAGCACAGCAGCUCAACGAGGCGGAGGAGGUUGUGUACAUCCACAUCUUUGGCAGCCAGGACCCUCCAAUGCAGGUGCACGUGUGCUGUGUAGGAGAGGGUCCAGUUGUGCAUGUGGCACCCACCGAGCUGGACUGGGGAGAUAUUCGGGUGCUGACAGACGUUCACAGGACCGUACAGCUGUCCAACGAGUCUCUGAUACCAGCACCCUUUUCUGCACAGAUGAUGAGGCCGGGGUCUGUGUGGCGGGUGGAGCCGCAGAAGGGUGUGAUUCCCCCGGAGUCUGCGCAGGAGCUGGUCCUCACAGCACACCUGGACGACUGCAUCAGGUUCAAGGACAAGCUGUACAUCCAGUACCCAAGCAGCCAGCCACGCACCAUCGUGGUGCAGGCCUAUGGACACGGCACCACCAUUGUUGCUAACCCCCCCAUCACACCUGCUGUCCACCUGGGCCCACACUUCAGUGACAGCCCCUGCCAGUACCACUUCCAGCUGACCAACAAGGGGCGGCGUCACCAGCAGCUGUUCUGGCACACCGAGGGGUUCCCCAUGUACCGCAUCCGCAGGGCCACUUCCAACAACAACAACAACCAGAAUGGUCCGACAAGUGAACCCAUCUUUCACCUGAAACCCCACCGUAUGGAGCUGAACCCGGGGCAAACAAUUGAUGUCAUGUUGGAGGGGCUGACAAAAAAACCCCAGGUCCUGCGGGAGCGUAUGCUGUGCCACGCUAUCAUUGGUCAGAGCAGCGGAAAGGAGCACAUCAUGACGAUGGACAUCAACGUGGAGUUCAUCGCUCCACUGCUGGACCUCUCCACUCGCAACAUCAACUUCAGGAUAGACAAGAACCCAGAAGAUGUACUUGAGGUGCAGCAUCAGCCCCUGGAGCUGAGGAACAUGUCUUCACUGCCCCUGACUGUACUCCUGGAUGUGGACCAUCCCUUUGCCUUGCUGUUUUCAGAUGGACGCUGCAUCACACACUCGGAGCUUGUUCUGGCCAUCAAUGAGACCAUCAUGCUCCAAGUACAGUUUGACCCAGCAUACUGCAGCGAUGCACACUCACGAACUGAGAUCAGCAAUCUAAACAUCAGCUAUAAGGAGCAUCCCAGCAAGGAUAAGGUCCAGCUGUGUGCGGAAGUCCACUUCCCCAACCUGACCUUUGAAAAGAUGGACAUUGACUUUGGGUGCAUCUUGAACGACACAGAGGUGACCCGUUACCUGGAUGUGACCAAUGAAAGCCCCAUGCCUGUCAAGUACCGCUGGUCCUUUCUGCUGGACGAUCCCACACAGGCAAUCAAGUUCAGCAGACAAACCGAGGAAGGAGAAGUAGUGGAACAACAGGUGCUGCCAGAACACACCAAACUUCAGUUACACCCAGAGGAGGAAGAGGAGUUUGGAGAGACAGUUGCCAUGGAAACAGGAAGGGGUGAGAAAGAGCCUGAAAAAGAUGACUUUGACCUUGAAGGGGAUGACAAGUAUGACGAGAUGGUCAGAGAGGUCCUAAGCAGAGAGGAGAUAGGUGCUGAGGAUGCUGAGGAGGAGAUGGUGGUGGAGGACUUGCCUCCGGAAACAGGUCGGCAGAGCGUGGUGAGUCGUACGGCUGAGAGGCCGACACUCGAGGAGCGUCGGGAGGUCCUGCCUCCGUUGCCAUGGCUGCAGAAGGAAGACCCCACCCUACAGCUGAGCACAGGCAUCGAGGAGGUGUUUGAUAUCCUCCCCCUGUACGGGAUCCUGCACCCUGGGGAGACACAGCGUGUGUCCUUCACCUUCUAUGGCCACUCCGGGAUCGGCUGCAAUGCCACCGCCAUCUGCGAGGUGGAGGGUGGGCCCACCUACGAGGUGACGCUGAAAGGCGAGGCCUCCCUCUUGGAAUACAGGCUGGAGGGGCUUGAUAUUGAUUAUGGCAAACAGCUGUUUGAUCAGGUAGCAGAAGCAGAAAUCGUGCUGUACAACACUGGGAAGGUGGACUUUGAGUUUGCAGCCCUUAACAUGGACCCCAUGUUACAGAACAGCCCCCCUCCAGGCAUGCCUGUACUGGUCCCCCACACAGGUCAAGUGGCAGCCAACAGUCAGCAGACUCUCACCCUCAAGUUCCUACCAGGAGCUCCUGAGAAGUUCCACAAGAAGUUUCAGAUCCAAGUGGCUCACUUUGAGCCUGACAUCAUCACCGUGCAUGGAGAGGGAAUCUUUCCCCGCCUGAGCUUCGACCUUCCCCGCCUGCCUGACGAGGACGGUCACUACACCAGCCUGAUGGUGCAGGCCCGGGAGGCCCUGACUGUGGAGCACAAGGUGCAGAAACAGGAGCCUGUGAGCCGGGCGCAGAGUGAGCUGUCUCUACAACCUGCUGGGGGCACGGAGGAGGUGUUUGUACCAGCAGAGCCUGAGUUGCCCAGUGAACUGGAUCUGCAGAUGGAGGUAGAACGCAGGAUUCUGCACCAGCAUGCCACCUCUGUUCAUCCCAAACUAAAGCUGGCACAGCCUCCCAAUGUCCAGAAGAAGCUGCGCAAACAACUCACCCACACGGAGUUGCCCCACUACCUCCUACACUUUGGGUAUGUAGUGUUGGGGGAAGUCCGGAUACACAUCGUACGCGUCACCAACACUGGGUACGUCCCAGUGUCCUUCAGCGCUGACCAGUCUCGCCUGCACCACUCCGGCUUCCACAUCGGGCUGCACCACAUCCACUCGCUGCCGGGCUAUCCGCACCACGAGACCAUGGACUUCCAGGUCACCUUUGACCCCCGAGGGGCAAACCUUGACCUGGGGGAGGUGGAGGCCACUGUGCCGCUCCACAUCCAGGGUGGACCCACCAUCAUGCUGUGCCUGAGAGCCACUGUCACCAUGCCAGAAAUGCAGGUAUCAGAGGAGGUGUUGGACUUCGGCACGGUCCAGUGCGGUCAGUGUCAGGUCAUCACGGUGCAGCUGUACAACCACAAACAGGUGCGCUGUGAGUGGUCAUCCGUGCCUCAGGAGAAGCAGAAGAAAGGAAAGGUUGCUCGUCAUGUUCCCAUGCACUUACGUCGUCAGAUGUGGCCAGACAACAAACCCAAGCCAAGACAUUUUGAGAUCAUGCCAUCAUCAGGCGUGUUGUUGCCUGGACAACGGGUCAAUGUGCAGGUUAAGUUCAUGCCAACAGAGGAGACCCUGUACCACCAGCGGCUGCCCAUCCAGCUGGCACAGAGCAGCCGGCGCCUGGUGCUGCUGGUGUCAGGACAGGGCCAGGAGCCUCGGCUGGAGUUCAGCUCCUCCCUGCUGGAGUUCGGUCCCAUCCUGCCCCACAGCAGCGGGGAUGAGCAGGAGAUCAUGCUCAGGAACCCUGCAGCCUUCCCCAUCGAGGUCUACUCUCUGGAGUUUGACCAACAGUAUCUGGAUGAGGAGAAGAUUCUCCGCUUGAUGAAGGGUUACGACGAACAACACACCCUCCUGCUGCCACCCCGCUCCCCGGGAGACGGCCUGCCCUUCGAGCUGCAGGAUUUCUAUCAGGAGUACAAGAAGAGACCUGAAGGAGAGAGGGAGGAUGGAGCAGGUGGUCUGGAGGUGCAGGAUCACACCACACCCCAGCCCUCCAUCCCUCCAGCUCCCAGCACCAGGGCUGACCCUGACAGCGCCCCUCACAUGGAGCCAUCACCAGAGGAUGAGCCCCUGGAUGCAGAUGGAGAAAACCAAGAGGCUGCCAUAGUUGGUGUGGGUGAGCUGGAGAUCACACCUGUUUCAGCAUCCAUUGCUCGCCACCUCGGCAUUGACCUUUCACCUGAGGGAAAAGCAGCGCGUAAUCGCCGUGGCAUAGCUAUCGUCGUCCACGGGGCUCCACUUUCUGGUAAAACUGGAACAGCAGUGACAUUAGCCAAAACCUAUGGCGCGGCCAUGUUAACCAUUGACGGCAUAGUCCUGGAGGCCAUCUCCAGUGGAAACACCCCAUCAGGCCUCCGCGCUCGCGAGAUGUGCGCCGCUGCAGCAAGGGAGAACGCUGCCAGGGAUGAGUCCACAGACGCUGACAAGAGCACGGCUGUUCCUGGCAGUCUGAGUGUGGACGCUCUCACAGCACAUACAGCAGCGGCGGGGGCAGCGGCAGGAUCAGGUUCUGUUAGCCUGGCAGGAGGUGCUGCUCCUUCCAUCAUCUCCAAUGUGAAGAAGACCAGUAUUGUGAGUGGAGCCCAGAAGGCUGGAGGCAGCAAGGCAGGGGGAAACAUUUCCACUGGGGAGGCAUCCAGCCAGCCAGCAGGAGUUGAACGACUGUCACCAAGGUGUGGUUAUGGAUGGGCUGGAGACCCUGUUCAGCCCCAGUCAGACUGCCGCUGGCCUGGCUGUGCUGAAGGCCUUCAACAACAGGAAGUACAUGUACUUCAUCACUCUGGGUCUGGAGAUGGCUGUGCUCAAGGCUCGCAAGCAGAAGGAGGAGGAGGAGAAAGAACGGCUAGCAAAACAGAAGGAAGAGGAGGAAAAAGCGGCGCUGGAAGAAAUGUCAGAAGAUGAGUAUGACAACCUGUCACCUGAGCAGAGGGCUGAGAUUGACAGGAGACACCUGGUUGCCAAGAAAGAACGGAUGCAGAGGGAGAUGGAAGACAGACUGGAGCGGGAACGAAGAGAGCGUGAGCUGCAAGCACAGCUGGAGGCCAAGAGGGAGGAGGAAGAGAGGCUGAAGCACAAAGGCAAGCGUGGCAAAGGCAAGGACGACGGUGGCGCUGCGGGUAAAAAGAGCGUAGCUGGCGGGAAGCCGGGCGGAGCUCCAAGCCAAGACCGUGUGGCGGCACUGAAGGCCGUCAGUUCUCACGGAGCAGGGGAGCACGGCGCGAAGGGUUCACCAUCCGCUGCAGGCAGGCCAGAGUCACAUGAGACGGACAAGAGCGAUGAGAAAGAUGAAGGGGGAAAGAAAAAGAAGGGAAAGGAUGGCAAAGGACGUCCCGUGUCGACAGAUGUGACAGCUAAGGAGUCCUCGGCCACAGUAGGGGAGGAGCCUGUGCCAGAGCCACCCCCAGAGGAGGUCCAACUGUCCAACAGAUUCAAGGCAUACGAACACACGCAAAAAGAGAUCUCCCCCAUCCUGGAGUUCUGGGACCGCACACAGCUGAUUGUGCACAGGCCGACCACACCUGAGGAGGAGAAGGAGUCUGCUGACGACCAACCACCGCCCUCCGCCAAGAGAGGUCGCGCCAAGGACAAGGAGAAGGAGAGGCUGGAGAAGGAGAAACAAGAAAAAGAACGUCUGGAGAAGGAGAAACUAGAGAGGCUGAAAGAGGGAGCUGGCACACCCACCUCCCAGCUUGGUGGAGAACCUUUCCCUGCCGACAGUGACAAGGGUGGGGAGGAGCAGGCUAAGGAGGAGCUGGGGGUGCCACACAUCAUCUUAGACGCUAGCGACCCAGAUGACCCCUGUGGGCCUCGCCUCCUGACCUCAGGACAGCUGCCUCCAGUGGACGAGAUUUUGGAUGGACUUGGUCUUGGUCCCGGCGGCCCACCUAUCCCACCUCCUGCCACUUUCUCAGUGGUUCCGUAUCCCGUCAAGAGGAAAUCCCCGCCCGGCACAGACGUGGCCAGCCACUACAUCUUUGUGGCAGCUUCUCAAGAUGACCCGAACGUUGCACCUGAGGACAGACUGCCUGAUGUUGAGCCUGACACUGAAUCUGUCACACCAGACAAGUCUACCAAGCCUGAAAAGGAGGAGCACACAGCAACCUCUAGUCGUGGACGGUCCAAGGAACGUGACAAGCGAUCGGGGACGGACAGCGUGAAGGAUCGCCGCAAGUCGGCCAGUAGGAAGGGCAGGAGGAGCUCUCUGUCAGCACCCUCCCCACCCCCCGGGGCUGCUACCCCUGGGUCAGAGGCAGAUGGACAAAGCACAAUUGGAGACACUUCUACGGCAAUUGAACAUAAAAGCCCAAAGCUAAGCACUUUCCGCUGGGUCAUCCCUGCCGGCGGAGACGUGACGCUGCGUCUCCGCUUCACGUCGGAGGAUCUGGGACAGUUUGAUCAGACGCUGAACUUUGAGAUUGUUGGGACCCGCAGACGGUACCAGCUGUACUGCAGAGGAAUCUGUGCUUUCCCAACAAUCAGCAGAGAACCCAGAGUUGUUUUUCCCCACCGCAAGAAGAGCAAGAAGUCUGACGAGAUCAUCCACAAGAAGUACGUCCUGGGUACGGAGAUCAUGGAAUUCGGACCCUUGCUGUGCGGGAAGACAAGAGACAGGUACAAGGAAGGCAGGUACCCAGAGAACAUGGAGAAGCUAACCAUCAUGAACACCUCUCCGCUGGAGGCAGACAUCACCUUCUGUUUCCAGCAGGAUGCUCAGGCUACCACGUACCUACUGGAUCCACCCAGCAUGCUCCUCAAGCCUACUGAGUCACAGGAGCUGACCAUUUGGGCCUACCCAAAGACGCCUGGCUACUUUGAGGACUGCCUGGUGUGCUGUGUGAGGGAGAACCCGGAGCCUGUGGUGUUCCGCAUCUCCUGCCAUGGAGUCAAGCCUGAGAUAGAGAUGGACCGCAAACAGUUGUUCUUUGAGAAGGUCCUCUUGCACAGGAAAGACACCAAGACAAUCUACCUGAGAAACCCAACCCUUCUGCCCGUGGCCUGGCGCAUUAGCGGGGUGGAGAAUCUUGGAGAUGACUUUUCUCUGUCUGCAGAGCAAGGGGUCAUUGACCCCAAGUCUGAGCUGGCUCUACAUGCUCAUUUCCGUGCCAUGAAGCCAACCAACACCAAGAAGAUCAUUCGUCUGGAGGUGUCAGAUGUGGAUAACAUCAUGGGUCUGGUGGAUGUGGAGAACAUUCAGGUCCAUGCUGAGGCCUAUGAUGUUGCUCUGGACAUGAGCUUCCCCAAAGGUGCAGAUGGUGGGCUUGACUUUGGCGUGAUCCGUGUCAUGGAUGAGACCAAGCAGACCCUGACGCUGAAGAACAAGGGAAGAUAUGAGAUUGGUUAUGAGUUUAUGUUUGAGACCAGUGACCCUAACCUGCCUGAGGUGGGUAGUCUGUUCUCGGUACUGCCCCAGCACGGGUCGCUCCUGCCCACCGACAGACCCACCCAGGUCCAGGUCAUCUUCCGCUCGCGCUACGAGGUCAACAUCAAGGACCAGCCCAUCCUCAGGUGUAAGGUGAUAGAACCCAGCCUGGGUGACCAGGGGGAGACAAUAGCCAGCAUCCCCAUCAAACUGUCCGUGCGAUCUGUCUUCAGCAGAUACAUCAUCUAUCCAGAGAAAGACAUACAUUUUGGUGCCAUGAUGGUGAACAGCCGUAAGUCCCGCACCAUCACCAUUGAGAACAAGGGAGAGUUUGACUUCAAGUACAGCAUCAUCCGCUACAUCAAGGAGACAGCUGCACAGAGUCCACAGAAAAGAUUGCCCGUACCGGGUAAAGCUCGCACCAAGUCCCGUGAUGGCUCCAGCUCUGGCAAGUCCAUCACCAAACCAAAGAAGGCAGAAUCUGUCAGACAAGAGGUUACACAAGCCAACCAGUCUCGCCUGAUGCUGGGCAUGUUCACCGUGUACCCUGGGUUUGGGCUAAUCCAGCCUGGAGGGCAUCAGCAGGUCCAGGUGGACUGUCUGGGGGAGCAGCCAGGCAGGGAAGAAGUGGACAUUGCUAUUGAGAUCUCUGACCGUGACCCAGAGGACCAUCCAGGCGGUAUCCCGUACCGACUGGUGGCUGAGGCCUGCAUCCCAAGUAUCAACACCUCUGACAUCGGAGCCAUCUUUGAGGAACACCGUAUUGUGCAGAACAGUCAAGCUAGCGAGAUGCUUUCCCAGUUACAACUGGAGAGUGGUGGGAUGUAUGUUGAAGAGGAUAACAAGUUUGUCUUCAACAAUGUCAUGGUGGGGAGGAAGGCCAGGGCGCGCUUCCAGAUCACCAACACCAACAAGGUUCCCUGCGACGUGGCGUUCUCUGUAAAGCCGCUGUCAAUCAAGCCAUCCUCCAAGCUCCACGGAGACGUGUUUGACGUGGAGCCGUCGCGAGUGGCCAUCCCCACCCACAGCCACAUGUACGUGGUGGUCAGCUUCUCCCCAUCCACCAUGCAGAGCUUCACGGGGCUGUUCGAGGCCACGGUGGAGGGACUGCCCAGUACGCUGGCCAAGGCACGCAACCUGUCCUUUGAGCUGGUGGGAGAGGGCACCCUCCCCAGGGUGACCCUGGUGCAGCCGGCACUGUUCAACAAACAGGGCAUGCCGCUGCUGCUGUACAGGCGUCUGCUGCUGGGACACACCCAGGCCCUGCCCAUGGUCCUCAAGAAUGAUGGUACCCUUCCCUGCAAGGUUGACAUUGACCUGCUUGACCCUGAAAGAGGGUUCAGCUUGAGACUGAAGAGAGGAAGCAAAGCUAUCCAAGCCAAUGGUGUGGACUCUGAUGAGGAAGAUGAGCCCCAAUCUAAACAAGCCCACACCAUGUCAGUGAUUGUGGAGAAUGGUGUGCAGGUGGAGUUUGAUGUGCUGUUCAAGCCUGGAGCUGUGCAACAGUACAAGGGAACCAUCCACCUCAGUGUCAUGGACAACCAGUAUGAGGAGACCAACAUACAGCUGAUCGGAGAAGGGUACGAGGAGGAGGUGACCAUUGAAAACCUGCCUGCUCUGGACGCACCUCUGGCUGGUGUCACCACAGAGGCAUUACAGGCACAAGAAGAAAUCCAAGCUGUUCAUGGUAACCACCUGGACUUCGGAGACUGUGCCAUUGGUGAACCUCACCAGCUGAGCUUCACCAUCACCAACCAUUCCAAACAAGAUGUCUACCGCUUCACCUGGCCGGAACACGCAGCCCUGACCUUCAGCCCACAGACCGGACAUCUCCACCCCAAGUGCACCAAGGACAUCACCAUCGUCUUCAAGUCUGACGAGCCCAAACCCCUCAGUAGGGCAGCAGUGGCCUGCAAGAUCUGCAAGAUACUGCUGAAGCAGACACCUGACCAGGUGCAGGACUGGGAUGAUCGGUUACGGGUCAUCAAGUGGGUGGACGGUGAAACUAUCCAGGUGCCACAAGAGGGUGAUAAGAAAACAACAAAGGACCAGCCUACCCCUGGUUCUGGUACCGCACGCCUGUCCCGUAAGAAGGUGACGGAGACAGCAGAGGAGCCCGGCCACACUGUCGUGGAAAACUCCACCAGAGAUUUGGAGCUGCAAGUCAGUGCAACCUGUGACUUUGCCAAGCUGAAGUGGAAAACAGAGUCCAUUGGCUUCAAAGACACACUGAUGUUCCAGUCAAGGAUAUAUGAGUUCACACUGAACAACAAAGGCACAGUGAGCGCCCACUUCAACUGGCAGCUGGUGACAGACGGACUCCACAAGUCCGUCAGCUUCGCUGCCGCAGACAGACCCCCAACGGCUCCGACCCCCGACCUGCGCCCGUCCAGCCGCAUGAUGCUGUCCCCACCCCCCGGGGAGGACCUGACCACCCCCAGCCCCUUCAGCAUCUCCCCCGAGACAGGAACUGUACCCGCUGGCAAGAAGCAGACCUUCUCGGUCAAGUUCUCGCCGAUGGACAUCAGGCAGUACGAGGCCAAACUCGUCUGCAGUAUUCCCAACCUGGAGGAGGGUAAGCAGGCCCCGGUGCUGGCAGUCCGAGGGCGCGGCCUCCUGCCUUACUGUCACUUUGAACUUGAGGACUCGGAUUACAUCAAUGCCAGACGGAACCCCCAGAUGCGAGGUCCUCGGGGCGCACCACCUGGCGCUACUCUGGACCCCAACACACGGGUCAUUGAGUUUGCUGCCACUGGGAUCAGCGUCAAAACAUCAAGGAGCUUCUUCAUUUUGAAUCCAACCAAUAAGGACUACUCUUUCCUCUGGAAUAACGAGGACCAAUCAGACUCCAAGCUACCAUCUCCAUUCACAUGCCAGACAUCACGGGGUCACAUUCAGGCGGGACGCAAGACAAAGGUCGGGUUCCAGUUCUGUACACAGCAGCUGGGAGUAGUGGAGUCCUUCUGGUGCUUCACCAUCCCUGAGCUCAGCAUCUCCGUACCAUUCUUACUGACGGGAUCUGCCUCCGAGCCUAAAGUCGUCAUGGACCGCUCACACCUCAACUUCAAGCCGCUGCUACUUGGUCACAGUGCUGUAGAAACCAUAGGACUGUGCAACAAGGAACCUCGAUCUUUUGCCUUUGAGUUUCUGGAGUCUUCCCUACACUCUGAGGGCCAUGCAGCUGCCCUGACCAUCACCCCCAUGGCUGGGACGGUGCCGCCAAAUGCAAGUUUCCCCAUCGAUGUGGCCUUCAGUCCCACUGAGGAGAAGCAGGUCAACUUCAAUGUCGUGUGCCACGUACAGCAGAAAACAGAGCCGCUGGUUCUGAACGUGAAGGCAGAGGGUUACACCACUAACGCCUCUGUACAAUGUGAGGACUCAGCUGGUAAGAAGGUCACUCUGACACCGCAGGGGCUCAACCAGGUCAGCUUUGGACAGGUUCAGAUCUAUGAAAAGGCAGUGCGGACCAUCCACAUUGUCAACAACGGCAAGUUCACCUUUGACUUCAACUGGUUGAAGGAACAACAGAGGAACCCUGAAACAGUCAUCAUCUCCCCUGAGAUAGGCAGUGUCCCUGUAGGCGCCCACAAGAAAUGCAUGUUGACGUUCUGCCCAACAACCAGGAUGACUCUGCAGGACUGUCAGCUGGCUCUACAGAUCACAAACGGCCCGACAUAUGACCUGAAGGCCCUCGGGUCAGGGGUCACCCCAGGACUACACUUCUCCUUCCUCAACUACGACUUUGGACCCUGCUUUGUCCACCAUGCUGGCAUGCCUGUCAGAAAAGUCGCUUUGAAGGUCACCAACAAAGACUCCAAGGAAGUGAGUGUGAACUGCCUGUUCACCAACACGACCCACCUGGAGGUGCAGUUUGAACCGACCAUCCUCUCACCAAAGGAGUCCUGUGAGGUCCACAUCUCCUUCCUCCCACGUCACUGUGUCAAGUACUUUGACGUCCUCCCCUUUGAGAUCAAUGGACUCUCCCAGACCAAUGUUGAAAUCCGAGGAGAAGGCACAGAGAUGACAGUGGAGGUUGCAGACAAGAGACAGAAGAUUGUCCAGCUGGGUGCACUGUUGGUAGGGACAACAGUGAAGAAGGUAGUGUCACUGGUCAACAAGAGUCUGGCUCCAAUCACCUUUAAUCUGGUGUGCACUCCAUCCAGUCACCUGCUGCAGGACUCCCGUGUGCUCUCUAUCUCUCCGUACCAGUCCAUUACCCUCAAACCACGCGGCGGCAAGGUCAACGCUGAGGUCACCUUCUCACCAAGGACACGUAUCCCACAGUUCACUGAGGAGGUCAUGAUGGAGAGUGAAGGGUUCUCCCAGCCCCUGUUUGUCCUGAUGGGCUCGUGCCAGGGGAUCGAGGUGCAGCUGGACCAGGAGUCCAUCCCGUUUGGCGCGGUGGUGAUGGGCAGCAGCAGCACACGCAGGAUGGUCAUGCGCAAUGUUGGCGACAUCGGCACAAAGUUCCAGUGGAAAGUACGGCAGUUUGCGCCUGACUUCUCCAUAAACCCAUCUGAAGGUUACAUCUCACCUGGGAUGGAGGUGGCCUUUAAUGUGGUGUUCCACCCAACCAAAGUCAGCCAGGACAUCAGAUAUGAGGACCUGGAGUGUGUGACUGAAGGGAGGAAGAAGAUCCUCCUGACCCUGACAGGCAUGUGUGUCAGCACACCUGCUCUCAAGGAGGUUCUGAACUUCAGCACGCAUGUCCGCCAGAAGGACACCAAGACCGUCACCAUCUCCAACCGCACCAACCAGACGUGGGAGCUGCACCCGGUGAUUGACGGGGAGUUCUGGGCGGGGCUGGAGACCUUCCUGGUGGAUCCGCAGCAGAACAAAGCCUACGAGCUGGUGUACAAACCACUCUGCAUGACAGCCGAGGGGAAGAAGCACACAGGCACCGUGUUCUUCCCCCUACCUGACGGAACAGGCCUGCUGUAUAACCUGACAGGCACUGCAGAGCCUCCCAAGGCCAUCAGUAACAUCACCAGGGAGGUGCCCUGUAAGACAGGAUACACUGAGCUGCUGACGGUCUCCAACUGGCUCAAACAUCCACAGAGGUUCCGGGUGAGUAUAGACAUGGUGAAGCCAGACCGUCUAGACCAGAGCACCAGUCUGAAGGGGCUGGACUACAUUGAUGUGCCAGGGCUGGGGAAAAGGGACUACAAACUCAACUUCUUCGCUCACAGAGAGGGGACUGUCACCAGCAAGGUUGUGUUCCGGGAGGACACUACUGGAGAGUACCAGUUCUACUUUGUGACGUUCAAAGCGACUCCGCCCGGCACCAUCAGUACCCUGUACCUGACCACACCUGUACGCCAGAGCGCCUCACACACGGUAACAGUGGAGAACCCCCUGGCCGUGCCCAUCACCUUCUCCACGGACUGUAAGGUGGCCGACGUCAGCCUGCCGCCUCAGUUUGUGGUUCCUGCACAGUCGGAGGGCUCGAUGAUGUUUGAGUACUUGCCACUGAAGGCAGGGGAGACCAAUGGCCGCCUGGCCCUGUACAGCAGUGAGCUGGGCCACUACACGUAUGACCUGGUCCUCAGGGCCCUGCCAGCUGGCCCAGAGAGAGCGCUGCACUUCAAAGCCAGCCUGGGGGCCAACCAGACACAGACAGCCCAUCUCACCAACUUCUCCAAACAGAAAGUGGAAUAUCUCUGCAAGGUUGACAACAGUGAUUUCCAUGUAGAAAAGACAGUAAAUGCAGCUCCUGGGUCCCAGGGCGGUACAGAAGUGGGGAUUGACGUGACCUAUGAACCCUCCAAACUUGGCCAGUCCCGCGCGACCUUGACCGUCUCGUCAGCCGUCGGUGGGGAGUACACCUUCCCUCUCGUAGGGAACUGUCUGGCGCCCAAACCCCAGGGACCGUACACCAUCCGUGCUGGCUCCACUGCCUCCAUCCCCUUCAAGAACAUCUUCCCACACACCACAGCGUUCACCUUCACUGUAGAUAACACUGCCUUCAGUGUUAAGGCAGGAGAAACCAUCCGAGCCAAGAAAACCCACAGCAUCAUUGUAGGGUUUGAGGGGAACACUAGUGGGAGUAAGGCACCCAAGAUGGGUAAGCUGGUGGUGUCCUGCCCCAGAUCGGCAGGGGGGGAGCACAAUGUUACCUGGACCUUCUACGUGAAGGGAGUUACACCAUCUUAAACACAGAACAGCUACAGCUUGGUGGAUUUGGAAUCCUAAAGCUUCUCAGAGGCAGAAAACCGUACAUUAAUUCAAAUAAAUUUGAUUUAAGCCUUAUGUUGGAGUGCAUCAAAGUUUCACAACAAGGGCUCACUUUCCACAUCUCUAGAUUCGUUAAGGGUGCCUCUUGAGGAUAUUUUGUUUGCUGUAAAUUUGUUGGCUAUUGUGACUUCUCUACUGCAGUGGAUUAUAUUAAAUGUAUAUAGGGUGAAUAAAAACUAUAUUUGAAAAAGGCAGUAGUCAGGGGAAAUGUUGCCUAAUGUCUAUACUACAUGGGAACUUGCUGCUAUGCAUUUUGAAUUGUCACUGUUUGAUGUGAACUAAUAUGUAAAGAUUGAUAUAUGUACAAUGUAUAUGCCAAGUCUGUGAACAUUUUGGCCAUGUUAUGAUUACACUUAUCUAUCUAGAUUACAGUUUUAAACCAAGAACUUAGUGCCUUAUCUUUUUGCAGUGUGCUGCAAAUGUUCUGUAUAUGUCAAAAGAAAUCCUAUCUCUAAUGUAUUGGGAUUAAAGCUGAAUUUAUUCAGCCUUUUCAAAGUCAAAGAGUAACAAGUUACAAUUUCACUGUGUAUUUCACAAAUUAUUAUCGAAAAAAAGUUGGUUGAGGUGAACUUUGUACAUCUUUGAUAAAUAGAUGUUAUAUUUUGGUGAGUAAUGAUACAUGUAUAAGACUUAUUUGACUUACUGUCAGAACAUCUUGAUGAUAUCCUAUCUUUCUCUAUGCACCAGCCACUUUGUAGAGGGAAAAAAGAGAAUUCUGUAUGGAAUAAAGUUUUCAAAGUGCAG